AUGGGAUUGUAUGCACCUCCACGCUUGGGCUUUUGCAUCGUCCAGGUUAACCUAAUGGGAAUGAGCGUUCAUUGGAGCACAAUAGCAAAAGGAACCUCCAAGAUAUUUCCCCGAACCUUGCUACUCCCCAUGGCUUCCAAUCCUACCGCAACUCUCCGGUCAAGCGAGCCUGCGACAGGUACGUAUCGUCGGUACACUCCCACAAGCCACAUCACUCACUCUGUCGUUCGUAGCUGUCACCGAAGGAAGAUUAAGUGCUUUGGCGAAGGCACGGGUCCUUGCAAGAACUGCGUUUCUGCUGGUCUUGCAUGUACAUACAAUGCAAUCCCACAGAAGAAAGGUCCUAAGGGUAGCCGCGCCAAAGUCCUAUCCGAACUUCGCGAAGCCCAGCUUGCUGCCGGAUCCCCAAUCAAUCACGACUUCGAUGGACGGUCAAUCUCUUCCACGUUUGCUCGCACUCAAGGCCUGUUGCCUUUCGCCCUCGUUGAGAGCUGCAUAGAACAUUUCUUCACGCAUGUCUCCCCUUCAGAGCCCGUCUUACAUCGGCAAAGGGCGCAGGAAGUAGCCGUUGGUAUGGAGCGCUCUACAGAGGCAUAUUGUAUGAUCGUCGCACUAUGCGCCUACGUCAUAAUCCAAGCUAACCAUAAACCGCCGGUCAACGUGCUGCCGCGUCAAGAAAUGGCUCACAUGUCAAACGUUGGCAUCGGCCAAGUGUUACUGGAAGAGUCGGUUCGCGUCCGACAGGGCUAUGACUAUCGCGAGAACCCCACCCACAUGAGUACGUAUCUUCGGGAUGCCACAACGCAGGCGCAGUUGCUAGGUAUGCAUGACGAGGAAACUUACAAGCAUGACCCUCUGGAUACAUCACGGAAACGAGUUCUGUACCGGCUUCUCUUCAUAGCUGAAAGGACUUACGCUUUGCACAAACACCGUCCAAUCUCCUUGCAUCAGAUCACACAUUCGCCUUGGCUAAACGAGGUGCCUUCCGAUCGGCCCAUCGCCUCUGGACUCAAACUCAUGAUUAACAUGUUCAAGAUCAUUGACGACACUUUCAUCCACCUCUGGAAUCAAGCGCACAACACGCAUGCAAGCGCUGCAUGGAUCACACAGGUGCAAACCCAGCUCUCAGAAGCCGUCCCAUCACAUUUCGAGUGCACUGAAGCGCAGGAAGUACAGAUUCGCAUAACUCAGCAAUGGCUGCGGUUACAGGCAUGGCAGCUGAGUGUCUGCCACGGCCUAGUGAGCAGUGUCUCCGACGACAAUCCGCUUACGUUCAAAUAUCCAAUCGAGAUAGCCCAAGACCUUCUUACUAUCUCUCAUCAGUUUUCCCAGCAAGUCUUGGAAGCACACGGCGCAGGAUUGAUUGAGAAGUUGUUCGACAUUGCUUGUUGUCUUAUUGAUGUAGUCGCUUGCAUAUCUUUCUCGCCGAAGGCAUUCGCGUUGAGUCCUCACGAUUGUGUGUCCCGCUUCUUGACCUUUAUAUCGAUGAUCCGUGGAGGAAAGUCUCGGUAUCUUCCUCUUCUUCAGGCCAAACUCUCCGAAGUCCUGCCCAAUUUUCGGCUUCCCCGAUCAUUAGACCUUCCCGAGACGGUCCUCGCCUCUACACUCGGUCUUAAUGCCACUUACUCGAGGACGGUCUCCUCCAAUGUCGCCGACGACUUCUCCGCAAAUCCCGCUGCAAAUUGCCCUCUUAUGUUCUCGAAUGACCUGAUCCGUCGGAUCUCCGUCCAAACUGGUGCCCAACUCCCUUUCAACACGAUCUAG